UUUUGCGCUAUCGCACAAUCGCACUGUAUGCUGCUGUUGGCUGUAUGCGUAUGUACUGUGAGAGGUACGUCGACGUCAAUCAACUGCGUGAAGCUUACAGUCUUUACGCACGACGGCCGUCAUUACGUUGACGCGUAAUUAUGAGCUGCGGAUUCGUCACUUGCGGCCCGAACGAGGCUCUCGUUGUCUCAGGAUGUUGCUACAGCAAACCUCUCUUGGUGCCUGGAGGCCGGGUGUUUGUUUGGCCACUCGUACAACAAGUACAAAAGAUUUCCCUGAAUACAAUGACUUUACAAGUUGAAAGUCCAACGGUAUAUACUUGUCAAGGAGUUCCGAUAUCUGUAACAGGCAUAGCACAGGUAAAAAUUCAAGGGCAAAAUGAAGAGAUGUUAUCUACAGCGUGUGAGCAAUUUCUUGGAAAAUCUGAAGAUGAAAUACAUAACAUAGCUCUCGUCACUCUAGAAGGACAUCAACGAGCUAUAAUGGGCAGUAUGACUGUAGAAGAAAUUUACAAGGAUCGUAAAAAAUUUAGCAAAGAGGUCUUUGAAGUUGCAAGCAGUGAUCUAGUCAAUAUGGGCAUUACUGUUGUAUCAUAUACAUUGAAAGAUAUCCGGGACGAGGAAGGGGCAAAGGGUUAUCUGCAAGCUCUUGGUAUGGCACGUACAGCAGAAGUAAAAAGAGAUGCUAGAAUAGGUGAAGCAGAAGCUCGCAGAGAUGCUCAAAUUAGAGAAGCUAUUGCUGAAGAACAAAGAAUGGCUGCACGCUUCUUAAAUGAUACAGAGAUCGCAAAAGCGCAACGUGAUUUUGAAUUGAAAAAGGCUGCUUAUGAUGUUGAAGUUCAAACUAAAAAAGCUGACGCAGAAAUGGCCUUUGAAUUACAAGCGGCAAAAACUAAACAGAGGAUUAUGGAAGAGCAAAUGCAAGUAAAAGUUGUGGAACGCAGCCAGGAGAUCGCCGUGCAAGAGCAGGAAAUGCUAAGACGUGAAAGAGAAUUAGAUGCCACUGUACGACGUCCUGCUGAUGCAGAAAAAUACAGAUUAGAGAAAAUGGCCGAAGCCAAUAAAUUGCGCCUUGUUAUGGAAGCCGAAGCUGAAGCUGAAGCUAUUAAGAUUCGCGGUGAGGCGGAAGCCUUUGCUAUCGAAGCGAAAGCUAAGGCAGAGGCGGAGCAAAUGGCAAAGAAAGCUGCAGCAUGGAAUGAAUAUAAGAGCGCAGCCAUGAUAGACAUGAUGCUCGAUACUCUUCCAAAGGUUGCUGCCGAAGUAGCCGCACCUCUAUCUCAAGCAAAAAAGAUAACUAUGGUUUCGAGCGGUAAUGGCACUAUUGGUGCUGAAAAACUAACUGAAGAAGUUUUCAAUAUCGUACAGCGUGUUCCAGAUCUUGUUAAAAAUUUGACGGGCGUGGAUAUUGCGAAGUCUGUACAUGCUGCGUAAAUAUGAAGAGCAAUAAUUUCCCUGAUUAUAUAUUCUUUAAUUCAUAAAAAAAUAUUUAGUGAAGUCUUUUGUUAUACAUAUAUACAUUUGCUUUAAAGAUUUCGCCGUGUAGUGCGGGCCAAGUGUAAUUAAACAUCGGAAUUCAACACUUUCACUGCCAUUUUGUAGUUUUUCUGUCUAAAACGUGUGUAUCUUGUUUCAAAUUGACGCAUUUUUAUUUUGAAAAUUAGCACAAAUGAUCUUAUUUUUAUUAAUUUUAAGAAUAUAAUACCUUACACAAGGAAUUUUAUUAUUUGUUCAUUCCAAUAAUUUUUAUUAAUCUAAACAGUGAAAGUGUGACAUUACUUUGCUUGAUAUUAUUUUUAUACCAAUCAUUUUUUUAUGAAGAUUUUACUAACUGCUUAGUAUAUUUUCCUAACUCAAUGUCUUGUUAAAUAAAAAAAGUGUGUGUUCUCUGUCGAAUCUCUUGAGGGCCGAUCAUGAUGUCCCUCUGUCUAUAAUUCUAUGCCAAUAUGUGCCGAAUGCCAUUACUCUAAAUAUUCUAUUAUGUGUAUCUUACAAAUAUAUUAAGCAUCUGUUUAGAGAUGAAAGUAUUUAGUGUACUCAACAUCUAAUGUUCUCAGCAUUACUUAAUAUCGUUCAUUAUAAAGAGAUCUUUCUUCUAGUCCUCCGACAUAAAUUUAUAUUUGGCGUGAGCGUUCUAUUUUCUGUAUAAGAUGUACAAGAUAAAGGAAACAGUAAUAUAUUUUCCCACCCCACGUUUAUAUAUAUACAAAAGUCAUUGAGAUCACUGUGAUCCAAUCAUUUAUAUGAAUUAUGGUUGUAACUUUUGAAUAAAAGCUUCUGACUACAUACAUAUUUCCAUGAUCGGCAUAAAGCUUUAAACAAAUAUUUGAUUUUAUGUAUUAUAGUGACAAGUAAAUUUAACGAGC